UAUAGAAAGUGGAAACCACUGAAGACGACCUGUAGUUUAUCAAUUCGAGAACAAGCAAGCAAGCGAUCUCAAACGCAAGAGUCAAGGACUCAAGACCUUGCUGCUAAUGGACGCGUACCAGCCACCACCUCAAUACCUGAGACCGCCGUCUGGACCACCGCCUCCGACGGAUCCUUACCACCAAUACUAUCAGCAUCAGGCGAGACCACCGGUGCCUCCUCCUACGCAGCCCGGUGGUCCUCCUGCAUGGUACUCCAACCAAUUUCAUCACCCUCACUCUCCAUCGCCACCGCCUCCACCUCCGCCGCAGUGGGGGCCACCUUCACCGCAUUAUCCUCAAGGCCAACCUUACUCUUCUCCCGCUUAUCCUCCUCACCAGCCGCCAUUCAACGCCGGCGCUAACGGUAACAGUCAGUUUCCUCCUCCAUCUACCGGUGCGCCGAUUCCUCCGCCAUAUCCUCAGGCUAAUCAGGAAUGGGGCAAUCCAAAUUGGGGGUAUCAACAACAACAAGGUCACACCCCUCAAGCUAAUAGCAACGUCGAGGACUGGGCUGUGAAAGCCAAAGAAUGGGCAGCUGCGAACAAGGAUCAGCAAUCACAGCAGUCUGCACCGAACCAACCUAGCGGACAAGUCUACCAGCAGCAGUAUCCUACUCAUGGCUAUCAAGAUUUUCAUCAACAGGCAGUUCCAGGAGUAAGCUAUCAGCAGCAUCAGCAGUUUCCAGUUCCACCCACAACACAGCCCGAGAGAUAUCCAAAUUACGCAACAGGAAACGAGAGCUUUCCUGGAGUUGGAUUGCCCCAAGAAAACCUGCCUACCAGUUCUGCAAUUCAUCAGCAGGAGGUACCUUAUAGUUAUUCUUCUGUAGCAGGUAACCAUUUACUUAGAACAUAGCUCCUAGUCAAGCACUCUAUGUGGGUUUCUUUGUAACUCGAAAUUCCGCGGGUGUCUUCGGUUCAUGAUAAAUCAUGUGCAUAAUGAUGUGCUGUGGCUCGCCAGAUUAACCCAUAGAUCCUACGAGUAGAUUAGCCAUUACUAAUCAUAGUUCUUCUUGCAUUUUGCUCCCUGAUCAGUGUGCCUAUGUUUCCCAAUUCUGUUGGUCUAGAGAUUGGUAACUCAUAAGCUCUGUACACCUUCAGAACUUAAACUUGUUACUCUGUUUGCACGUAAAGAAGAGUCUGGAAAUACAACACAACAUGAGGUGCAUAUAUCAUUGCCUGAUGGUGGGGGACCUGUUCACACGGAGCAGCAUAUGCAAUAUGCAUAUGGAGAUCAAUCAGCUGCUCCACCUAGUAACUUUAGUGAUCACAAUGCAUGGCAGCCCCAUACCACAAGUGGAGUAGUCUAUCCUCCAAUUCCUUCAUCGGCGCAAUCAAUACCUCAGCAUGACUCAUCUAUGGCCAUACCUCCUGUUUCGGGUCAUAUCAUGCCCCCAUAUGGAAGGUUUCCCCCACCAAAUCCCCAGCCUGUUGGACCCCCAUAUGCUUUUGGGACAAAGCCCCCUCUUCACCCUGUUGCAGCAUUCAUGGAUGACUCAUAUGCAGCAUCGUCUGUUCCUCCUAAAAAGGCUCCUGUACCUAACUGGCUCAAGGAAGAAUUAUUGAAGAAAAAAGCAGAUCUUGGAAGGCCUUCUUCAGGGAGAUUUGAGGAGAGAGAAUCUAUGGAUGAUGAUGUACUUUAUAAACCUCCUACGAAAGCUGAUCAGCCUGACAAAAAAAGCUUCAGCCCCUCUAAUUCCUCUGACGAAGAAGAAGAGGAUGAGAUGGAUGCAGCUAGAACCACAGAAAUUAAUAUGGAGAUAAAGCGUAUCUUGACAGAAGUCCUUCUUAAGGUUACAGAUGAAUUAUUUGAUGAAAUUGCAACCAAAGUCAUUAACGAAGAUGAAGCAAUACCUAAAGAUGAUAGUGUACAGCAUAAUCAUAAAUUGUCAUCAUCCCUUCUCUCCACAGCUGAUCCACUCCACAAGGCUUCGGCAAAGAUUUUGGUCUCGGUAGAAGGUGCAAAUACAAAAGCUAGUUCUGGCUCUCCAGCAGAUGUGCUAGGUCUUGCUAGCUAUGCCUCUGAUGAUGAUGAUGCUGAUACUGAUGCUGCUUCUGACGCGAAUGCUGAUGAAAAUGGAGUGGAGAGUCUUGGUGUGGGGUCAAGACACAAUGUUAGUCAGCAGCCAAGCACUGAGAAACUUCCUGACCCUGAAGCAAUGGCCAGUGCGAAAUUGGAUCCAGCAGUUGGAGUCAAUGCUAAUUCUGGCAAGAAUAGUAAGUCAGGCUUGGAGGAUUAUUCUCAGAUGCCAGGCUCCACGAGAAAAGAUGAUGAGGCGGGUAGUACCAAAAUAUCUGAUGUAAGCGCCAGCUCUGGACUUGAUGAUGAUACUUCAGGAAGCAGAAAAGAGCAUCCUGACAGAACUGAUAGUGAUAAAGAUGCCAUACUAGAUGAACCUCACGUGAAGAAUUCUGGCGUGAAAUCAGAUUGCAACCUUCGUCAGGAUAGUAAUAAACCUUAUGGGAAAGAUUUGAGUGACGAAGUGAGUACAGAUAGAAGUAGAAUAGUUGAAACGAAAGGUGGGAAAGAGAAAGGAGAUUCUCAGAAUGACUCAAAAGAUAGAAUGAAGGAAAAUGACUUAAAGUCAGCAGAGAAAGUUAAAGGCGUUGAAUCAAAUAAAAAAUCUACUGAUCCCCAUGUAAAGAAAGACUCAAGGGAUGUAGAGAGGCCUCACAGAACUAAUUCUAAGGAAGACCGGGGUAAAAGAAAAGAGAAGGAAAAGGAAGAAGAAAGGUCAAGACACAGGCGGGCUGAAAACUCGAGCAAGGACAAAAGAAGACGUUCUCCAACCAGUAAUGAAUCUUCUGAUGAUUCGAAGAGGAAGUCCCGUUCUAGAAGAAGGAGUGUAUCACCAUCUCCUGUGAGGUCCAGAAGAAAACGCUCUUCUCCAUCCAGUGAUGAAUCCUCUGAUGAUUCAAAAAGGAAGUCAUCUUCAAAAAGAAAGAAUCGGUCACCAUCACCCGGAAAGUCCAGAAGAAGGUAGCUUUCUAAACCUAUUAGCAUUAUGAGAUCACUGGUGUUUCUUCUAUAUGUUUGUUAGUCUAUAUUAGCACUAGACUCUGUGAAGUUAAAGAACUAUUGAAAGCAAAAAGUUUGACAAAAAGACAAUGGGUAAGCCAAGCGGAGUAGCUAGUAAGAAAACUCACCACAAAAAGUAUCAUAUAUGUUUUGAUUGUAUAGACAUGUUUCUUCGCGGUCACCACAUAGCAAGCAUUCUCAGCACAAGAACACUCUCUACUCUUCUCAUGACAAAUCCAGGUAUGUAGUCUGUUUCUUCUGUCUUAACAGGUGGAUAAAGCUGGAUUAAAAAAGCAAAAGAGUGUUCUAUAUCUCCUCCUGUUUAUUCAAUGGAACUCAAACCUGAUUUGCUAUACAGGUCGAAGCGGUCAAGGUCCAGAUCAAGAUCCCCCCACAGGCGCCAUCGUAAAUGAACACUCUAGCAAACUGGUCUGAGACUGUACCCGGGACAAUAUUGUGCGCGGUGGAUCACAGGAUUGGGUUAAUGUACUGGACGGACAUCGAUAUAAUCAAAAACUAUAAAGUCACCGGUUUGUGAGCGAAAUAGUGCAUAGUAAACCGCUCUUUCCUUAGUUCUUCAGAAGAAAUAUCCAAAGAUUUUUGACUGACUUGUUUGACAAUAUCGUUGGUUGGUUAAGCGUUCCUAUGUAAAAUUUUGUUCCCUCUGAAACAUUGCAUUAUCUAAAUCUAUGUCUUUACAUUCCACAUUCUAAUGAAAUCGCAUUAACUAAAGUUAUUUUAUAUUUUUAAACUAAUUAAGAU